UGGUGCUCGUGCUGCUCUGACUUGACAUACCCCGCUGGCUCCACAAAGUUAUACAAAAACACAGCUCAACAAACAGCCACAACCACAUUUGUAACGGACUUAACGCGCUUUUCCUCCCGACGCCAAAAAGGAACACAUUGGAUGUUUUUAUCCGCACCAGCGGAACAUUUCCUGGUAGUGGUCUAAUACAGGGAUACAGUAUGAGGUGCAGUUAUGGCAAGAAGGGGUAAGUCUGUUGUGAGAACCCUGGAGGACUUGACGCUGGACUCGGGUUAUGGUGGAACCGCAGACUCCUUCAGGUCUUCCAGCUUGUCGCUGUGCUGCUCUGACGCGCACGUCUCGUUCGUUCAUGGAGGUAACUGUUGGCAUCUAACAGACUCUAUGCACAGUAGACAUAACAGCCUGGACACUGUCAACACCGUUCUGGUCGAAGACGCCGAGAACCUGGAUAGCGCCGGACACUGUGCGAAACUUCCCGAGCUUGAGGAUGUUCCCUGGAGUCUCGGGGAGGUGGAAAGCGCUCUCAGGAAGGAAGAGGAGCUCCGGGUCGGGGCUUUUCCCGGGGACCUGUUGGCGAGGCUCUCCGCGCUGGUCAGUCGAGCGCUGGUUAGGAUAGCCAAGGAGGCGCAGAGGCUGAGUUUACGCUAUGCCAAAUGCACCAAAUAUGAGAUCCAAAGUGCCAUCAAGAUCGCGUUGUCAUGGACAAUAUCGGUCAACUGUAUCACCGCCUCGCUCAGCGCGCUCUCAAUGUACAACAUGAGCACGGAGGACAAAUUCAGUCGCGGCAAGUCGGAACGCUGCGGGCUGGUGUUCUCCGUGGGAAAGUUCUUCAGAUGGAUGGUGGACAGCAGGGUCGCACUGCGGGUCCACGAGCACGCAGCCAUCUACCUGUGCGCAUGCAUGGAGAGCCUCUUCCGCGAGGUGUUCACGCGCGCCCUGCGCACUGCCCUCGUGGAGAAGGACAACGGCAUCCCGAAGUUUUCCCUGGAGUCGCUGGAGCAGGCCAUCAACAACGACCCGGAGAUAUGGGGUCUUCUGCUGCCCUACCAGCACCUCAUCUGCGGGAAGAACGCCAGCGGAGUGCUCAGUCUGCCGGACAGCUUGAACCUGCACAGGGACCAGCAGCGGUCUGGGAAGGGCGGGAGUGGAGAGGGACACUCCUUCAGCCAAUCAGAGCUGCGCACCAUCGAGCAAUCACUCCUCGCCACCCGCGUUGGCAGCAUCGCAGAACUCAGUGAGCUGGUGUCCCGGGCCAUGCACCACCUGGCUCCGCUGCACGUGAAGAACCACAGCAACGGGACCCCGGGCCCCCAGCGAGGAGGAGCGGCCCCUGUGCACUGGGAGCCCGAGGCCCUCUACACCCUCUGCUACUUCAUGCACUGCCCCCAGAUGGAGUGGGAGAACCCCAACGUAGAGCCCUCCAAAGUCACCCUGCACACAGAGAGGCCGUUUGUGGUGCUGCCGCCGCUGAUGGAGUGGAUCCGGGUGUCUGUGGCCCAUGCUGAGCAUCGCCGCAGCUUCUCAGUGGACAGUGACGACGUCAGACAGGCCGCCAGACUCCUCCUACCCGGCACCGACUGCGAACCGCGACAGCUCAGGACGGAUGACUGUUUCUGUGCGUCGCGUAAGCUGGAUGCGGCGUCCACGGAGGCCAAGUUCCUGCAGGACCUGGGGUUCCGCAUGCUCAACUGCGGACGCACCGACCUGGUCAAGCAGGCAGUCAACCUGCUGGGACCCGAGGGCAUCAACACCAUGAGCGAACAGGGGAUGACGCCACUGAUGUAUGCAUGUGUGCGUGGGGAUGAGGCCAUGGUGCAGAUGCUUCUGGACGCCGGAGCGGACAUCAACAGUGAGGUGCCUAACUCGGUACACAAGCACCCCUCAGUCUUCCCCGAAACCCGCCAGGGGACCCCGCUCACUUUCGCCAUCCUACAAGGACAUGUCCCUGUCGUCCAGCUGCUGCUGGACGCGGGGGCCAAUGUAGAGGGCUCCCUCCAGGACGGCAUGGAGAACUACACAGAGACGCCACUGCAGCUAGCCUCCGCCGCUGGUAACUUUGAGCUGGUGAGUUUUCUUCUGGAGCGCGGUGCGGACCCCAUGAUCGGCACCAUGUACCGCAACGGCAUCUCCACGGCCCCGCUCGGAGACAUGAACUCCUUCAGCCUGGCAGCAGCACACGGACACAGGAACGUGUUCCGGCGGCUGCUGACCCACUCUGAGCCGGGCUCGGGUUCGGGCAGCAAGGGUGACGUGCUGUCCCUGGAGGAGAUCCUGGCGGAGGGCUCGGAGGCCGGGGACAGCGGCUCGCUCCAGUCCGACCCGGGACGCUCGGGGAAGGCCAAGCUGCGCGCCCUCAAGGAGGCCAUGUACCACAGCUCGGAGCACGGCCACGUGGACAUCACGCUGGACAUACGCAGCCUGGGUAUCCCCUGGACGCUGCACACCUGGCUGGAGUCCCUGCGCACCUGCUUCCAGCAGCACCGGCGGCCGCUGAUCCAGGGCCUGCUGAAGGAGUUCAGCUGCAUCGAGGAGGAGGAGUACACCGAGGAGCUCAUCACACACGGCCUGCCACUCAUGUUCCAGAUACUCAGAGCCAGCAAGAAUGAGGUGAUCAGUCAGCAGUUGGCGGUGAUCUUCACGCAGUGCUACGGGCCCUACCCCAUCCCCAAACUCACAGAGAUCAAGAGGAAGCAGAUCUCGCGCCUAGAUCCCCACUUCCUGAACAACAAGGAGAUGUCUGAUGUGACCUUCCUGGUCGAGGGGAAGCCCUUCUACGCACACAAAGUUCUGCUCUUCACUGCCUCUGCUAGGUUCAAGUCUCUCCUGGUGAACAGACCAGCUGGCGAGAACACUUGCAUCGAGAUCAGCCACGUCAAAUACAACAUAUUCCAGCUGGUGAUGCAGUAUCUGUACUGUGGAGGAACCGAUGCUCUUCACAUCAGGAACACUGAGAUCAUGGAGCUCCUGUCUGCUGCCAAGUUCUUCCAGUUAGAGGCUCUCCAGAGGCACUGUGAGAUCAUCUGCUCCAAAAACAUCAACACAGACACAUGUGUGGAGAUCUACAACCAUGCCAAGUUUCUGGAGGCCCAGGAGUUGGCGGCGUACAUCGAGGGCUACUUCCUGAAGAACAUGGUGGUGCUGAUCGAGCUGGAGUCCUUCAAGCAGAUCCUCUACGACCCGCCGCCCGAGAACGCCACCUCCGACAUCCUCCAGGACCUGGAGCGCACCCUGGGCAUACGCAUCCAGUCCAUACACCUCUCCUCCUCCAAGGGCUCCGUCGUCUGAAUGACCACAGCCCACGCAUCCAGUCCAUACACACCUC